ACGCUCAAGUUAAUCCAUAUCAGAACGGCUUCAAAUAUUCUAAAAAUGUCAGUUCUCUUAUUUCGUAUCGCCAUUUUGAAGUAACAGAAUAAAUCCUGAUUCAUCAGUCUCAUAGUAAGACUCGUUUAAAUACCCAAAUAAAAUUGUAAUUUUACUAACUCAAUCGGUAAACCAAAUUUAUAUAUUUUUGUGCUAGUUACGGAACAAGUGAAGUUGAUAGUUUUGUUUUGAUCAGUUAGCGACUAAACUAAAAAUGGCGUGUGCGACAUUGAAGAGAUCUUUGGACUGGGAACCCGUUUUAGGGGGUCGACCAGCAAAACGAAGGCGAUGUGUACCUUUCUGCUCGAGUCCUACACAAAACGGAAUUGGAUCUCCAGGACCUUCGAAUAGUCCUACGGGAUCUACUUCACCUAAAAAUUCCGUUUUCCCUGAUGUUUUAAGCAAGAAAUUGACUACAGAAAAUCUAAUUGACAAUCUAAAGGAAGAAAUUAAAAGAUUGCAGAAGCGUAAACAAUUGCAAUACAUGGAGACAUCUGAUGGAAGCAGUUCAGGUGGAGAGUUCAGUGAAAAUCCAACUUUGUCAGAAAAACCAUUAUUUACAUUCAAACAGGUUGGCAUGAUUUGUGAGCGUAUGCUUCGGGAACGUGAAGUAGAAAUUAGAGAAGAAUAUGAUAAUGUUUUAACAACAAAACUUGCCGAACAGUAUGAUGCCUUCGUUAAAUUCACUUACGAUCAAAUCCAUAGAAAUUACACCAAUACAGCAGUACCAAGUUACCUGUCAUAAGGCGUGACGCAGAUUUCCAUGUCCGUACAUAGCGCUAUUGCUCUAGCCACUUUAUACAGUUGUUUAUACACUUAUACAUCCGUACAUUCACAUAGUAUAUUUAAAGACGAUAACAAAACAAAAAUACCAAUACAUUUGUAAUGCCGUUUGCGAGAUGCCUUAGUAAUAUUUAUAUAUAUAUAUAUAUGAACGUAACUUUUUAUUUCUUGCUGGCGAAACAAACAAAACAAUUGUGUAUAUACUCUCACUUUACCAUCAUUUUUUUGUAAUAAUUUAGGUGGAUACGUUUAAUUAUACUUUGUUAUAUUUCAUGUAAAUAUAUUUCUUAUUUUUUUGUAUGGAAAGAAUGGCGAUCGAAUUUUGUAUUGUCGCGGUGAUCGUUUUAGAAAGUAGAUGCGGCAUGAAGCAGAAAAAGUUGAAAGACCAACGACCUACGGUUAAGUGUGUAAUACACGUUAAAUGUACCUACCACAGGAUUUUUACCGUUUUUUGUAUGAAUUGAAAAUAUAGCGAUUAAAUAUUAGAAGUGUUUCUUUUCAUACUAUGAAUUUUCAAAAUUUUAUGAUACAAAAUUUUUAAUCAAGUUUAUUUAAUAACGCACAAUUCAUAUUUGUUUAUCUUGUUAUGAAACAAGUUGUUUUCUUGUAAAAUAUUUGUCAAUUUAGGGGUUAUACAAUAUUUUUGUCCUGACAACUAUUUAUCUUGAAAUUCGUUUUAUUCUUUUUUAAAAAUAUAUACUUUUGAAUCAAUAUAAGUGCAGUACAACUUCUGGUGUCAAAAAUUCUCAACUAUGUUGUUUGUUUUUGAUGUUUAGAAAUGAAAAGAACUUAUCGGGUGCCAAAUCAAAACUAUAUACCUCUUCAAUAUUUUUCUCCAUGGAGGAUUUUCCAAUUUUUGAUUAUUGAUAUUGAAAUUUGAUAUUACUUCAGCAUUUAUUCCUGCAAUAUCUACCAUCUGUAAAAGAACUACAAAAGGCCAGCAUCUUGUGAUCCUUUAUGGUGAACAAGGCAUAUUUUUGGUUCACUGUGUCCAUUCUUCCUUUUGUCUUAUUGUAGUUUAUAAUCGUAAUUGAAUUAUUGUCAUCAAUGUCUUCAGCUUCGUCAAUUGCAAAGAGCAGUAACACGGCCUCGUAUUUUUUGUUGCAUAUGAAACAAGUCAAAAAUAUUUUGCAGUCAGUUUAGGGGGUAAUAUUGAAAAAAAUUGUUAACCGCACUGUUUGUUCAUGAUUAUUAGGCACAAAAAGGACCUAUUUGUUGCUGCAUGGUCUAUACCUCAUAAACUAGACCUUUUACCUGGUUCAAACUUCAAUUUUUUGAUACAACAUGACCAGUAAUGUCACAUGAUCUUCAUCAGUUAAAGCAGAUUUUUUUCCUCGUGAAUCACUUUCAAAAUAUUCAUUACUAGUUUUAGUUAAUACAUUCACAUCUCGUAUCUCAUCAAGAAAUCAGAUCUAACUAUGGAAAUUUGGGUAUAUUCCUGUUGUAGAGCCUUCCAUGAGUACAAGUAAUUGAACGAAAUUUUACAGGCUACUUUGGAAAGAUAGUAUUAAAGUACUAAUGAUGGUCCAUCUGAUUACUCUUCCAUUUGCGAUUAAUCUUUUUAAAUUUAUAUAAUAUUGAAACUACACGUGGAAACUUUAAACAAAACCACUUCGACUUUUGACUAACACACUCUACCCCGGUAAAUGUCAGUUUAACUAGGAUUUGAUUUGUUAAAAAUAACUAUCAGUGCAGCCAACGCAAAUUUUUCAGCAGAAAGCUUCGGUAGACCAACGGAUGGUUGCUAAAGCGUUAUAAUACCGAAUCUAUGUAAACUAUCGGUGGAAUUUUGAACGGCGAUUGAAUAACAUCCGGUCGAACAAAACUUUUAUCAAUACCGACCGUAAGUCUUGCAGAUACAGUCAUAGCAGCGACCUUUCUUCUAUGCUCUAAGCCAUCCACGUUUUUGGUUAACUCUAGAUCAAAUUGCUCAAGGUAUACUUGGGAUCCGAAUUCCAAAUGUGCGAUCAAUACUCUAAAGAUGGACGAAUUUGAGUGUGGUAGAGGUUUAGAGGCAGUUUUGGUUUGUGUAGCUUUUUAGUCUUGAAGGGGGUUCCAACAUUUUUUAUAUUUAGAGUAUCCUGAAGGUAUGCUUGGAUUGCGAACUCCAAAUGUGCGAUCAAUACUCUAAAGAUGGACGAAUUUGAGCGGGGUAGAGGUUUAGAGGAAGUUCUGGUUUGUGUAGCUUUUUAGUCUUGUAGGAGGUUCCAAAAUUUUGUGAAGCCACUUUAGCUAAUACGGCCUCGGGACAUAUUGCUCUCAAAAACUUCUUUUCCAUGUUUUUUUAUCUGUCUGUUAUUGUAUGGUGGGUUGGAAAUCAUAUUUUAAUUUCAUCCCACUUUUUGUUUAUAUACAGUAUAAAUUUCAAAAACUAACAUGCAAAUAUUAGUCGUACAGCAAUCAACUUGUUUCAUUUUGUUCAAUUUACAUUUAUGUGCUUUAUAAAAUUUUAUUUUAUGUACAGUUAGUUUGGUUUAAAAAUUAAUAUUUUGAGGGAUAUUAACCAUAUAAGGACUGUUUCGUUUAAUUUUCUCGCAACCAAAUUUUUUUUUUUUUUCCUUAAAGUGUUUCUUAAUUUAAUUUAAUAAAUUUUUACGUUCAACAAGACUCAAAAUAUUUCCUUUUGAAUAAUUUUUUUUGUAUUUGUAUUUUUUUUGUAUUGAUAUUCCUUUUUUCAUGUUUUCCGCUUCACGCUGCUUAUAAGUGUAGUGUCAGAAUGAAGUUAAUUACUAGAGUAUGGUUAAGUUUUAAUAUUUGAGACUGUUGAAUUGAAAUGUGACAUUUUUGGAUCUUUAACAAAUUUAAUUUAGUGUAAUAUGGAAAAUUGGCGCAAUUCAAAAGGUACUGUCGAGAUUUACCAUACCACCGUUAUAUAAAACAUGAAAAAAUUCAUAUUCGUAGGAUAACGUGGAAAAUGUGACGUCUCCUGCACUAUGGGCGACUAUUUACGUUCAAAUAAGUGAGUAAAAAAACCAUUAUCACAAUUAUAAUUCUCGUUUUAUUACAUUAUAUAAAUAAUUUUGUUUUUUUUUAUUCUACUGGAUUGUUUAUAUUAGUUACAAAACCGUUCGAGUUUUACUGUACUAUUUAUCCCAUUUUUUCUUAUUGUAUGGGAGGUUUACCUAAAAUGAGAUAUUCAAGGUUUGGACAUAUUUUAAAAAAAGAGAACUGAUUUUUUUUAUAUAUUUAAACUAUUUCUAACGGUGGAGUAUAUUGAAACACAUUGUCUCUUACUCAAUUUAUUUACACACUUACAUUUAACUUACUCACUAUUUAUAAUAAUCAACUAUUGACUACUUCUGUAAUUUAUUUAAAUCCAUCGGUUACUUUUCACUAUUUCGAUCCGUUCACUGACUUAUUAGCUCAUAAAUAAACUAAUAUUUAUACCAUUUUUCAUAUAAUUCAAGAAAGUAAACAUAUAAAUUGUCCUUUCAAGAAAUUUGUUUUAAAAAACAAUAUAAAGAAAUCGCCGUUGAGAUAAAAUCACCCGUCGCGCUCUCCAAAUUUCAUCAUUACCAAACACGACCGGCUUCACGGUCCAUGUCGUGGACGAGUUCUUCUCUAAAACGGGAUCAAUAGUGUAGCAAAGUUUGGUCUGUUUGUUUACAUUCGCGAAACACAUUAUAGGAGAGUCAGAGGCCGGGCGCAAGCCAUUAAUUUCUGGAAAUUAGUGAAUAGAAAAGAACAUAAAGCUCUCAGCCACAGUAUCCCAUUUUAGGUAAACUUCUACUAAUUAUCAUUUGUGACAAAGUCUAUUAAAUGUGGUAUUAAAAUGUCAUUUACAAAUAUUUUUGUUUACAUAGAAAUCGUCCCAUUGUAAAAUUUAGAAUUUACUGUUACUCUAAAAUAUGUUAUACGGGAUGUUUACAAAGUUACAGCAACUAUAAGAAGUUCGGCAGUUUGUAUAAUUGAACAGGUUUACAAUUAUUUCUUGUCGACAUCAUUAUUUAAUGAUUGUCGAAAUACAUACCUAAUUUACUAGUUUUCGUCUUACUGAUAUCAUUUUUAUGUCCAGGUUUUUUUAUUACAUCACCGACAUUUUCUUAUUGAAAAACGUUUUACGUCGUGAUUCCUUCUUCAGGUUUUCUUGGAGAUAUUGAAUUCUCGCACCUCUCUGUUUAUAAUUAAGAUUGGAAUAUGAAUAGCAAGGUUCCUUUUGUGUUAUUGUUUUACCCUAUUUUUAAUAUCCCUCAUCAGUUCCUGAAUUUUUAUUUGUUUUUUCUUUAAUAGCUUCAUGAUUUUGCUCUUUAUUUUGUUAUUAUUGGGUUUAGUGUUUUUGUAUACCUGUUUGCUCCAGUUUCUUAUUUGAUGAGGUUUCUGAAGAUCUAUACUAAGUACGCCAACAAACUAUGAUAAAACUUGAGAUAUUUUUCACAAUAUUUUCAAGGAAAAUAUUUUCUACAGUUCGCGUACCUCCGCGUUUUUCCAUCUGGGUUUUUUAAAAAUUUUCCUAUUCCAAAAGUGUUAUGCAUCUGUAAGUGAAAUAAACUUUUUUCUUAUUAUUAUUAUUAUAAAGAAUUCGAAUUUAUAUUUUUUCAAUGUAAAGUAUUUUAUUACGUUUUUAGUAACAAAAUCAUUUCGUUACUGAAUUUUUAUAAUGGACAUUUUUAAAUUUUGUAAUUUUUAUCUUGAUUAAUGAUACAAAAUUGGGAAUAAAAAAACUAAAUAGUUUUGUGCGUUUUUAAUCAAUUUUCCAUAUCGAUAAUAUGAAUGGAAUGAAACUUUCUAAAAUGCUUUUGACAUUGUUUAAUUAUUAAUAUUAUCCACGUUAUGUAAUGAUCAGUGAAAUGUAAAUUCAGCUAAUAUAUCAAAAAAUAAUCUUCAUAUAGAUAAAUUCAAGUAAAUGUCUAAAUAUACAUUAAAAAUCUAGUAAAAAUAUUUUCUAUCAGUAUACAGCACACGCCAACUAGUAUGAGGUAAAACCGCGCAUUGCUGACAAUAUUUAACAGUCGAUCAGUGGUGUUAACUUAUUUAAAUUGCAUUAAAAAUAUUUAUUUUUGCUUUAUAAUUAAUAAUUAUAAUUAUGUAGAGAUUUCUUAGUAGUAUAGGGUUUUUGGUCUUCGUAAAACGCCCUUUAGAGAACUCGUCGUGCUUCGUAUAUGGCACUGAGGUGGAGGAGAGCAAUAAUUGUCAUCUGUCUUAUUGGGGAUGUAAGAUUGACUCAAUCCUACAAUUAUACUACUCCAUCACUCCAAACUUGAAGUCUUCUUCGUCCUUAGGAAACUCAAACUUCUCGUUGUUCGAAUUCUUUUAUAUCUUGACUUCUAGUUGAAAAUAUUGAUCUUCUUUUUUAAAAACAAGAUCACAUUUUAUGCUGAAUUAAUUCUAGUUCCUCCAAUUGCCUUAUGUUGUCCUUAACGGUACCUCAUGUAUGCUCAAUCGGAUUUAAAUCCGGAUGAUAUGAGGGCUAGUUCAAUACAAUGAGGCCCCGUUCAUAGUAGAAUAGGUUUGAAAUUACCAAAGGCGAAUGACAUUCAUAAAGCCGAUCAGCAGUGUUCCCAACUCUCAAUAAUUUAUCUCUCUAAGGCCCCAAUAAAAAACCCCUAAAAUCCCCACGAUUACUAUAAUAUUUAUUAUUUAUGAAAUAAAUAAUUGAAUAUUUUUUAAAUAAAUAACAUUAAAAAUAAUGAAAUAUCAUAGCUAAUAAUAAAUUUCAAUUAAUUAAUAAAUAAUUCAAUUUCAAGUAACGAAUCAUUUUUCAAAUUCUGCUUUUUUAUAUUAUACAUAUGGACAUUAAAUAAUUUUAACAUUUAUACGGGGGUUGAAAUAUCGUGCAUGUCGACCAUUCUGUUGCAGUGUGAAUCGAACCAUAAUCAUUUUUUGUAACAUUUUAAUCCAUAAUCAUCGAUUGAAAUGUUACAUUUCCCUCCUAAAUUUGAGGGGGGGAACCCAUAAGUUGGGAACCUUGCCGAUUAGGCUCUUUGGUUUGAAUCGUUGGACGAAUCAGGAUAUGAUUAGAGCUCCGCUCGAGUCACGGCCAGCUGCAGGUCUGGUCGUCCCUCCGAGUUCGCAUAGCUAGUACGGAGGUAUACUGAGGGUGUUUUAUUAGCCAUCUCUUCAAACCUUGGUCUUCUUUAUCCUUUUUUUUUUUCUCCGCACCGUUGAUGUUGAGCCAAGUUUUGUCAAAAUUACCGGUCAGAUCUUUAAUAUAAGCAGAAACCGAUGCUUUUGGGGGGCAAUGUGUUCCGUGGUCCCUAUUUGCACUUGAAAUUCCGCCAGGUUUUCUUGAGACAUUGUUCGGAAUACCUGAUCUCAGGUACCAUUCAUCCCUCAGCACGAUUAAUUGGCUUAAGCUCAUAAAAAGGAGUCGUCCUUUGCACCUCAUGACUAGGUGCGCCCUAAGAGGUCACUGGUAAUACUGAAUUAGGUUUUAACAAUGAUAGGAGUUGAACGAAUUUCAGUAUCUCCCAAUUUCUUCCUAGUUGACGUUAAAAGUAUAUUUAGACAAAAUUAAAUUGCUUAAAAAUGUACCCAACGAUAAUUAUAAUGUUGUAUGUUAGGUAAUUAUAAAUUUUGGUCAAAAAAUUUUUGUAAUUGAUCAUUUUUAUAACGGAUUAUAUAAUUAAAAUUUGAAUUUAAGUAAUAUUAAUAUGGUAAAUUAUAUAUACCUAAAAAAAUGUAAGUAAUUUUCUAUUCGACUAUUUUUGUGAUCCCCCCUGUAUCUUAAUGUUAAGGAGACAAUUCUCAUUUGUUAGCAUUAGAUUGUAAGUGUAAGUGAUCCGAUAAAAAAAAUAUUUCUAGGCUUUUUAAUUUAUUUAAGCGUCUUUUUUUUCUAUUAAAAGUUAUAAAAUGGAUAGUUACGAUUUUCGUUUACCUCGUAACAUAAACAUUAUGAUAUUUAGGAUUAAUUUGUUAUUAAGAAGUCUUAUGAUAUUUAAUAAAAAAAAUGGGCUUUAUAAA